AUGGAUUUUGAAAACGCGACUGGGCCGGGCUUGGAGGUGGUCUCGACAGACGGCGCCAACAUGAACGAUACGAAGACAAACCUGGUGACGGUGAUCUGGGGGGUCAACCUCACGGCCUUCGUCCUAGUCGGCCUCCUCGUGCCCCUGCGCGUCAUUGUCCGCUGCACCAUCACAAGGAACUUCUUCAGCGACGACGUGCUGGUCAUAAUCGCGGCGCUCUUCACUUUUGGGAUCUGCUCGUUGCUCCCUAUUGCGACGGAUCUCGGCCUCGGCCAGCACUCUCAAGACAUUGAUGCCGAACUCUUGCCUGACAACACAAAGAGCCUGCUACAGCUCAUCUUCAUCGCCAACAUCCUUUACCCCUGCGCCAUCGCGUUCACAAGGUUGUCGGCGAUAUGCUCGUUCCUGCGACUCAUCACGGAAAAGACGGCACGGUGGUUACUAUUCGCGGCAGCGGCUCUGACGAGCGCCUUUGCCGUCUCUUCCGUCUUCGCCGUCGUCUUCCAGUGCAGACCCGUCUCAGCCGCCUGGGACUCGAGCAUAAGCGGCGCCUCAUGUUUUCCCUUUCUCGAUUUCCUCCACGCCAGCACGGCCAUCGGAAUCGGCAUCGAUGCGCUGUUGUGCACCGCACCCCUGGUCUAUUUCUGGCGGAUGGAGAUUCCGCUGCGGAAAAAGGUCCAGGUGACGGUCCUCCUCGCCUUUGCCGGGCUUUCUUGUGCUGCGGCUGUCAUCAAGAUUGUGAACCUGCACCUCCUCAACCAGGGUGACAUAACGUACAACUGGACGUCAUGGGUGCUGUUCUCCAUCGCCGAGUGUACAGUGGGCAUCAUAGCCAUCUCGAUACCCCCGAUCCUCCCCCUCUUUACCAAAUGCUCUCGGCACAGAAAGCACGGCGUCUCGCUCCCGCGGGGAGGGGGAGACUCGCUCCGCUUCACAUCCAUGCCUGGAAAGCCCGUCUUCAACCGUGCCAUCGCGCCCCGGGUCAUCAAGCCGAUGGCGACGCCCUGGAAGGACCGUCCGCUCGAGAAGACGGCGAACCCGGACUUCAAACCCGACUUCCAGUGGCUCAGGCUGGAGCACGCGGAAGCGACGAGCCUGUGCUGGGAUAGGGCGCCCCAGUCGACGAAGGCGAACCAGAUCCUCGGCAUAGCGUUAUGAAAGACACAGCGUGGACUCUUGCAAUUCUUUCUUUCUUUCUGUCUUUCUUGGCAUGGCGCACGCACGAUUCAAUGACGGAGUUGACGGAUCUUGGCUCUGGAUGAUUCAAUUCCGGAUAUGCGGAUUAGAUUGAUUAUUAAUCAGGAUGACUCGACGACGGGCGGCAAAACGGCGUUUUGGGACGGGUGUUCAUCAUGAAGCAGAAUGAUUUAUGAUUAACACAGACUGACACAUCGAGUUUUACCAGCAUAAUUGCUUCUUUUUAUGUUCCCUUUUCACUAAAACACUUCAGCAAAAACCAAAAUAUAUAUAAAAAAAAGCUCCAGAAACUUGUUCAUCCAUUUUCGGGACGCCUCAGCCAGAAUUCCGCCAUGUGAGGCGACGUGAGCGCCGGAGUGCCCUUCUAUCCCGUACCCAACGCAAGCAAUUCCCGGAUGCAUAUCCGGAUUCUCGCGUGAUCAGCAAAACGAUGCCAAUCUACCUCGGUAACCAUGUGUCACCCGCAGCCGUGGACUCUUGCUGAAGGGGUUGUUGUGUGCCCCUCGUUAACCCAUCAUCGGCUUGCUGUCCGAAGUGAGCUCACCGGCAAACUGUAAGGCUUGAAACCGAGUAGGCGCCGUGGGGUGAUUUUCGAAUCUUCCCGGGCAUUUUGCAGGCGCGGCACCGGCCUGCUUGGGGUCUGUCCUCGGCCUGGGCGUAUGGGUUACCGAGCUUGCUGUCCCGUUUUCGAACGAAUGGAUAGCGGAGGCGGGCGAGAGCGGCCGAUUA